CUGCGAGGAGAAAUACACCAGGCUAGGCUAGCAGGACGGACAGUUAGCAGCCCGGAGAGCAGGGGUACAGUCGGAGUAAACUCAGCCGGACCGCAGAGACAGGACCGGAGCGACUCUUCCUACCGGCAAUGCAAAGGCUGAGUGUCGCAGCGAGCUAACGUUACAGCUGUCCCGACACACGGGGACUGAUCCCGAUGGUAAAAGCUGAGAGCGACGAUAGAGAAAAGGCGACAUCAACAGGAAAGGGUUAGCUUAGUUUCAAUGUUAUUGUUAAUUAAAAGCCACAUAUGGUCACAAUGUCCUGCACUGGCAACCUGGUUUGGGAUGUAAAUAAACGCUUAAUUGGAUACAACGAGCCUAACACCAUCAGGACCAACUAUCUCGGUAGAAGAGAGUUUGUGCAGAGGCUUAAACUUGAAGGGACACUGAAUGUACAUGAUGGCUGUGUCAACACUAUAUCCUGGAACGACACAGGAGAAUACAUCCUAUCGGGGUCAGACGACACCUUUUUGGUUAUUACGAACCCGUACAACAAGAAGGUCAAGAAGUCCAUACGUUCAGGUCAUCGGGCAAAUAUCUUCAGUGCGAAGUUCAUGCCCCACACCAACGAUCAGCAGAUCAUCUCCUGCUCCGGCGACGGCAUCAUCUACUACACCCACACUGAGAAGAGUCCCGAGUACAACAGACAGUGUCAGUUCACCUGCCAUUAUGGAACAGCUUAUGAGAUUAUGACGGUACCAAACGACCCCUACACGUUUCUGUCGUGUGGGGAGGACGGCACGGUGCGGUGGUUUGAUCUACGCACGAAGACGAGCUGCACUAAAGAAGACUGCAAAGACGACAUCCUGAUAAACUGUCGGAGGGCAGCGACCUCUAUAUCCAUUUCUCCCCUGGUGCCGUAUUAUCUGGCCGUGGGCUGCUCUGACAGCUCCGUGCGAAUCUACGACAGACGCAUGCUGGGCACCAGAGCGACAGGUAACUACAUGGGCCGGGGGACGACGGGCAUGUGCGUUCGCUUCGUUCCCGCUCACCUGUCCAACAAGUCGUGCAGGGUGACAUCUCUCUGCUACAGCGAGGAUGGUCAGGAGGUGCUGGUCAGCUACUCCUCCGAUUACAUCUACCUGUUUGAUCCCAAAGAUGACCAGGCCCGAGAGCUGAAGGGCCCGUCUGAGGAGAGGAGGGAGGAGCUGAGGCAGCCUCCAGUGAAGCGCCUCCGUCUACGAGGUGACUGGUCUGACACUGGACCCCGAGCUCGUCCUGAGAGUGAGAGAGAGAGAGACGGGGAACAGAGCCCAAAUGUGUCUCUGAUGCAGAGGAUGUCGGACAUGUUGUCUCGUUGGUUUGAGGAGGCCAGCGAGGCUCAGGGCAGCAGAGGCACCCGACCACAGACACGACCCCGAGGAACGGCCGUCCGUCCAGAGGGGGCGUCGAAUACUCAGGCUGCCCCCGCAGGAGACUCCAGUCAGGAGUCCAGUGCCCCUGGGAGGCCUGUGGGGACAGACGCUCCAGAGGUACCUGCUGGUCCUGCUGCCUCCGCCGCCGCUGCCCCCGUGCCUAAAUCCACUUCCUCUUCCUCCUCAGGGUCAACAUCAACAGUCACAGCACCUCCUCCUUCCAGCUCCUCAUCAGUGGAGAGUUCGGCCCCUUCCUCGUCCCCCGUCACCUCCUCCCCUGACUCAGAGCAGAGGAGUCAGGCCGACACGGCGGGGACACCCACGCCGACGGCCACGCCCACCUCAGAACCUGCACUCUCAGAGUACGGUCCUCACCGGCUGCCCAUAAGUUUAGUGUGUAGGCGUUUGCAGAGGUUACUACGGCUGGCCGACCCCCCAGGACAGGGUCAGCGAGCGGCCCAUUCUUCUUCUUCCUCCGCAGCCCCUGAGAGACAGUCACAAAGAGCUGCUACCUCUGCUGCUGCUGGUGCUGCUGAGACGCAACCCCGUACAGAUUCCCCCUCGUCUGUGGUAAACAAACAGCUGGGAUCCAUGACUCUUGAUGAACAGCAGGGAGGAGCAGAAGCUGCAGGUUCACCUCCUGAUGAAUCUGUAUCUGCACCAGCCACCAGCAGCGCUUCCACCACCUCCUCCUCCACCGCCGCCACCACCUCCUCCUCUUCCUCCUCCUCCUCCUCCUCCACCACCACGGCCGGCACCAGUCGACCGAGCGCAGCAGAGCCGGUCCUCAGCCUACACUACAGCUCAGAGGGAACCACUACCAGCACCAUCAAGCUGGACUUCACUGAUGAGUGGAGCAGCACGUCCAGCUCUAUGGGCAGCGGAGCUCCCAAAACAUCUGAGGCCGUGGCCGCACAGAGCAGAGCGAGUGUGAAGACGGAGAGCUCAGUGUCGGAGCAAGCUCCCUCUGAGUACCCGAAGCAGCAGAGUGUGCCGGCCGCCUCCGCAGAGCCCCCGUGUGACGCCUCCUGCUCCGGUGCCGCCGGCAGCUCGUCGGCUCCGGCCCCGGCGGGCGGCCCCUCUGAGGGCAACGGCGUGGCGUCUUCACCGGCGGAGAGGAGUCAGCCGGAGGGUACGGAGGACACAUCGGGAGGCUGCAGGAGAGCGGAGCCCACAACGGAGGAGGGCCACUGUGGGAGGGGGCCGCAGUGGAGAGGCCCUCUCUCACCAGAGUGGGCGGGCCAGAGUCAGCCCGCACGGGGCAACCAGGACUCUGAUGACAGCGAUGACGAUCCGAUACUCAUCCCAUCAACGAGGCUCAGGGGACAGGGACAGAGAUUUAAUACCAGAGGAUCUGCAGUAGGAGAUAGGAUGAUCAGACGCUCGGCGGCAGCUCGUAUCCAGGAGCUGUUUCGCAGGAGGAAAGAGAGAAGGGAGAUGGAGGAGAGCGAGACCCAGAAUAUCAGGAGACCCUCAGUCAAAAUGGUCUACAAGGGUCACCGCAACUCCAGGACAAUGAUAAAGGAGUCGUGUUUCUGGGGCAACAACUUUGUGAUGAGCGGCUCAGACUGCGGCCACAUCUUCAUCUGGGACAGACACACGGCAGAGCACCUGAUGCUCCUCGAAGCCGACAACCACGUGGUGAACUGCCUGCAGCCGCACCCCUACGACCCCAUUCUGGCUUCUUCAGGGAUAGACUAUGAUAUCAAAAUUUGGUCGCCACUGGAAGAGUCGCCAUCUUUCAACAGAGUCCUCGCUGAUGAGGUAAUAACUCGGAACGAGCUCAUGCUAGAGGAAACGAGAAACACAAUCACAGUUCCAGCCUCUUUCAUGCUCCGAAUGUUGGCCUCCCUUAAUCACAUCAGAUCAGAUCGACUAGAAGGCGAUCGCUCUGAAGGUUCGGGCCAGGAAAAUGAGGAUGAGCAGUAGCCUGCUGGCAUUUUAUUAUAAAGAAAACACUAUUUCUUCUUGCUGUAUAGCACUUGAAAAAAAAACGAGAUUUGUACAAGUAUAGUGUAGAAUACUUCCUUUUGAAAAUUAGUAUAAUUUCUAGCCCCCCUGUUUUUUUAAGAUGACUUUCUUACUGAUGUUUCUGUAUGAGGAUAAACUACAUUUGUGUGAAUGCAAAAGGAAAGGACGUCAGUAUAUAUAUAUAUAUAUUAAGUGUGAGAAUAAUGGCGACUGGUGUGCAAGGAUGUUAAGUGCAAUAUUAUUUUGUAGGAGAGAGUGAGCUUUGAUCAGUGUUAACGUGUGACAUUUUGGAUUUGUAGCACAAAGCUAAGAAUUGUUGAUGUGCUGCUCCGGCAGUUACGCAUGUGAACAAGGACUUUAAGUAAAACAAACUUGGAAAAUG